UUGCUUCCUUCUUCAUGGCAGCAAUACAAGAAGCUUGCAGAAAGGUACCAUCCAAAACAGCAUGAUUGCACCCUAGACACAUUAUUCUGAUUUUGAACGGGUUUUUCACCUCGUUUUGAAGAAUUCUGGAAUACAGAAAAUGCCGACAGUGCUUGGAUAUGCCUCAGUGGUGGUGGUGGCCUAGUUCAGGUACACGAGGUGCUUCAUACUCUUCCACCUCCAUCAAUUCAUGAGGUCAAAAGUCAACUGAAGGAUCCAAGCUUUGAACAUAAAGCAGAAGGCAAACCUAAAGCCUAAUGUUGUUGGCUGACUCUUGAUUCAAGGAUGAUAUCUACUCAGGGUUGCGAGUUUCUUCAAGGGAUCUUCACAUGACCAACAUGGCCAAUUCUCGACUCGCACAUCUUUGGACACAUGGGGCUAAAUGUUCCAUGAGGUUGUGGGAUCCGGAGUUCAGGGUUUGGUUCCUUUAUCUCUCUGCUGCCGCAUUGCCUCAUCAUUAAGACACUGUGAUUCAAAGCAUGAUGCACCUUGAUGGACAAGUUGUCACCAUUUUGAACGAUUGGUAACGAAUUAAGAAAACAGGAGCUGGUGGGGGAGACGCUUUUCAGCCAUCUGGACACACUGUCCAGUCUUUCGUAGGUGAUCUUGCAGGAGUUUUGCCUGAAUGCUGGUGGAGCUGGUUUCAAGAAGGACACUAGUGUUUGUUCGAUGGUCCUCCUUCAGAGGCUGCAGAAGAGGCAUUGCUGAUGGAAUUUCUCUCAAGCUGUGUGUGUGUGUGUGUGUGUGUGUGUCCAAGUGGUUAUGGUACUGGUUUUGUAACCCCAAGAUCAAGAGUUCAAAUCUCACAAUGGCAAACUAUGAAACAAUGUAACUUCAUCUGAAACAGAUGGAAACAGGUUUGUACUCGAAAGAAUUACAGCAUAUACAGAGCCAGAGAAAUGUGAAGAAGGAGGUUGUGGCAUGUCUUUGUAAUGUGGCGUGGCUUUGCACACCUAUAAAUUGACGAUCAUGGGGGAUAUGAAAACCCCAGAUUUCGAUGACCUGCUUGCUGCUUUUGACAUCCCAGAUAUGCAGGUUGACCCUAAAGCAGCAAUUGAAUCUGCACAUGAUGAGAAUGAAGGGCAACUGAAACAGAGCAUCCCUGUGGAUGAGGAUGCCCAGGUCCCCUCGGCACCCGAUGGGGUAGUGAGUGUGAUUGUAAAAAACAUCCGAACUCUUGAUUCAUGCGAGACUGCGGCCACAACGACGGAAACCUCAGCCCUAGAUAAAGAAAAUCAUCAUUCUUCGGGCAAUGGCUUACACAAUGGCUUCCUCAGCGUGACAACCCUCGAUGGGUAUUCUAAAGAUGCGGACAGUAAGUCAGUCAGGUGCGAGGGCCCACCGGGGACCGAAGCAAAACUAGAUUUGUCGCGAGCCGAGAUCAUUGAUAGCCCAGGUACCGGACUCAAAGAUUCUGCGUUUAAUCAGUUCAGCCCCAUUUCUAGUGCGGAAGAGUUUGAGGAUGAUGAUAAAAUAGAAGUUGAUGAUCCUCCACAUGUCAAAGAGGAGAGCCAUCCAGUUUUUCAAGCGAACGUACUUCCAGGUCCGACUGCUGAGCGAGAAUGUGAGAAGACGAGGAAGCCAGGAGGGGAGAACGCGGUCAAGCAGGAAGUGUCCAUCCCAGAUGCUGAAGAAAAGGGUAAGAUAUUGAAAAGCAACAGAGAGAGUGAAAGCCCCAGUGUUAAUUCAGGGAUUCUUGAGACAUUUAAGGUCCGCAAUGUGGAUGAGAAAUUGUCUGACGAGGAUGCUGAAAAGAGUUUUAAAAGUUCCUCUGAAAAGCAGCUUGAUAACAGAGUCCUCGAUGGCAAAAGUGGUGAGAAAACCGGAGUGAAUGUUACUUGUUCUUCAAAUCUUAGGGCUAAGUCCUCCUCCAAGCUUUCCUCGUGCAUUGCAGCAAUUGCCGCUUUGAAUGCUAAAAAGGCUGCAGCAGAUACCAAUAAGGAACCUCAGCCUGUCUCUAGGGGGCCUUCUCCGGUUUUAAAAGAAUCUAGAGAAAGCCCUAGAGUCACUGAAAAAUCUCCAGAGGGCCCUCAGAGCCCAAUGGAAGUGGUGAAGAAAGUAGCCAUCAAACAGCCCGAUAGCCCCAGGAGCGUGUCAAGUGAAAGUAGCAUGAAAGGGUCCCCUUCCUCUCCCGCAAGCUCACCGCCUGCAAUCCCCAAGGUCCGCAUCAAGACCAUCAAAACAUCAUCUGGUGAAAUUACCAGAACAGUGACCAGAAUUAUGCCAGAUGUUGAGCAAGAGCUUGGUAGAAGAGGACCAGAACAGGCAAACUCCAUGGUUGUCUCAUCACUUUUGUCGUCUCCACCUGCUGAGUCUGCUGUGUCUUCGCCUCCUACGACACCAAUGCAAUCGGCACUUGUUACAGCUUCUAAUACAGUAAUGUCUCCUGAAGUUGCUCAGAAACAGGUUACAAUUAAACCUGUUGCCACUGCUUUCCUUCCAGUGUCUGCUGUGAAGACGGCAGGAUCGCAGGUGAUCAAUCUGAAGUUUGCGAACAACACUACAGUCAAAGCCACCGUCAUUUCUGCUGCCUCAGUUCAGAGUGCCAGCAGUGCCAUCCUGAAGGCUGCCAAUGCUAUGCAGCAACAAACAGUGGUGGUACCAGCAUCCAGCCUUGCAAAUGCCAAACUCGUGCCAAAGACUGUCCACCUCGCUAACCUUAACCUUUUGCCUCAAACUGCUCAAGCGACUUCUGAACUCCGUCAGGUGCUUUCCAAAGCGCAACAGCCCAUAAAGCAGGCACUAAUCACUGCUGCUUCCACCCAGCCUGCCAAAAAGGUAUCUCGAGUCCACGUGGUGGCCCAUUCCCAGAAUGCAGUGGUUGAGACGUUUAACAAGGUGCUGAGCAGUGUAAAUCCAGUCCCUAUCUACACGCCUAACCUUAAUCCUCCAACUAAUGCUAAUAUCACUAUACCGCUUCGUGGGUACAAAUGCUUAGAAUGUGGUGACUCAUUUGCUUUGGAGAAGAGCUUGGCACAGCAUUAUGACCGGAGGAGUGUGCGGAUUGAAGUCACAUGCAACCACUGUGCAAAGAACUUGGUCUUUUUCAACAAGUGCAGCCUUCUUUCACAUGCUCGUGGGCACAAAGACAAGGGUGUGGUUAUGCAGUGCUCCCAUCUCAUUAUGAAACCCAUUCCUGCAGACCAGAUGAUCAUUCCCAGUUCCAGUAAUACUAUUUCCGCCACUACUAUAUCUGCGCCGGUCUUGACAUCUGCAGGUGGCACUGCAAGUGCUGUUGCAAAAACUGUUGCGAGCAUACCCAGUGCAGUGAUCUCUGCGCCUGCCAAUGCCCCCAUUCUCCCAGCAAUGCCCCUCGAUGAGGAUCCGUCGAAGCUUUCCCGACAUGGCAUGAAGUGUUUGGAGUGCAGUGAGACGUUUCUGGAUGAGAUCUUGCUCGCAACACAUUUCCAACAUGCUGCAGAAGCAGGAGGACAGACAUGUCAGAUAUGCCAGAUGUUACUUCCCAACAAGUGCAGUUUUUCAUCGCACUUAAGAAUACAUCAACACAAAUCUCCAUACACAUGUCCGGAAUGUGGAGCGAUAUGCAGGUCCUCGCACUUUCAGACUCAUGUCACCCGAAAUUGCCUGCACUACACCCGUAAAGUCGGAUACCGCUGUAUACACUGUGGCGUUGUCUACGCUGACCUAGCAGCGCUCAAAUCUCAUAUCCAAGGUGCCCACUGUGAGAUCUUCUAUAAAUGUCCUAUCUGCCCCAUGGCUUUCAAGUCAGCACCGAGUACUCAUUCACACGCCUACACGCAGCAUCCAGGCAUCAAAAUAGGAGAAGCUAAAAUCAUCUACAAAUGCUCCAUGUGUGACACAGUCUUUACUCAGCAAACCUUGCUGUGCAGCCAUUUUGAUCAACAUGUUGCUAAGCAGAAAGUGUCAGUCUUCAAGUGCCCAGAUUGUGCGUUGCUGUAUGCGCAGAAACAGCUCAUGGUAGAACACAUUAAGUCCAUGCAUGGCACACUCAAGAGCAUUGAGGGUCCUCCCAACCUGGGGCCUCAGCAGCCAUUGGUCACAAAGCCAGUAACUACAUCAGCAGGACAGAAUAAAACUGAUGGGAGUGCUGUUAAUGGCACUGACCGGCUUGGGAAGAAACCUUCGGUGGUUGUGAGGAAAACUGGGAGCCGGUCAAAAGCAAAUAACCCUGGCUGGAUGUGUCAAGACUGCGAGGAAUGGUUUCCUGAACGAGAGGACUACAUUUCUCACAUGAAAAAGGACCAUGGAAAGCAAAUGAAGAAGCACCCAUGUCGUCAAUGUGAGAAAUCCUUCAGCUCUUCGCACAGUCUCUGCCGGCACAAUCGCAUCAAGCAUAAAGGCAUCAGGAAAGUGUACACAUGCUGGAACUGCCCAGAUUCAAAACGUACUUUCACCAAACGGUUUAUGCUAGAGAAACACAUUCGACUCAUGCAUGGUAUUAAAAAUCCUGAUGUGGCACAAAUGACGGAGACAACAACAAUAGUAGAAUCCCCAAAGAAAGAAGAGAACAAGAUGCCGUUACCACCGAAGAGAAAGUUGGAGGAUGCAGUGGUGGAGCUCCGACCUCCUCCUAGAGGAGCCAUUACGCAGCCUUUGAAGAAGCUGAAAAUCAACGUCAUCAAACUCAACAAAUGUGCCGUGUGCGGCUUCACCACAGAGAAUGUAACUCAGUUCCAAGAACACCUACCCCAGCACAAGACUGAUGGCUCAACCUUCCAGUGCAGGGAGUGUGGCCUCUGUUAUACCUCUCUCCAGUCUCUAACCAGACAUUUGUUCAUUGUCCACAAGAUGAAAAAUGCCCAGCAAGUUGCCAGACAAAAUGGGGCCAGGGAGGAGAACCCGGCAGAUAGCAAAGUGAGCCUGGAGGACAGUCAGGCUGAAAUGAUGCUGACGGACAAAAAGUGCAAAGUUUGCUCCAAAACUUUUGAAAGUGAAGCUGCCUUGAACACACACAUGCGGACACAUGGCAUGGCCUUCAUAAAAUCCAAGCGGUUGUGCGCAUCAGAAAAAUGAGGAGCAACUCUCUCAAAAUGACAUUCAGUUCACAAACAGUAGAGGUGACUUCAUGCAGAAGGGACCGCUUUGGUUGGGACAAACUGUCCCCUGUUGCAGCUUUUACUGGAACGUCAUGUAAACCCCUCAAACGCCUCACUUGUACAGACUGUAGCUGUUGUCAUUGGCCCAGCAUCACUUCUAAGCUGUUGUUUGAUUAAAAGAAAAACUCAACACUUUGAAGAAGCAUACAUUUUUUUUGUACAGUUGCAAUGCAUAUUUACUUCAAUUUUUAUGCUACAUUACAGAGUUCUCUUGUCAUCAAAAACCUUGCUCACUUUUGGUCACCAUGUAGUGAAUUGGUCUUCAGCAUUGAGAUAUUAAUGGUAUUCUUUGAUUUUAUUUAUAGAAAAACAGGGGAAUUGAAUUUCAAUUAACCAGAUUUUGUUAAAAAUGUUGUUUACUUACCUUAAGCUGCUUUAUCUGAACACUGUCUAUUUUAAAUUAGGAAUUUGUUUCCGAUGGACCAAAUUAAACAGGGAUGUAUUGCAUCAUCAUUGGUAACUUGAUUAGUUGUUCAAAUAUGUGGUGCAUUGAAGGAAAAAAAAGUUUCAGGAAAAUAACCCCUAGAAGGUAUGUGUGUGAUUGUGUUCAAGUCUGAAAAACAUGAAUGCUUGUGGGCUACUUAAUAUUUAUUUUUUAAAAGAUUGACAAGUGAUGGUUUCCUUUCAAUUAACAAUGAAGACCUUUUGAGAGAAAUUAGUUAUGUGUGUUAGCAUGUGUGUGUGUGCGUAUGUGUGUUCAUGUGAGUAUUCGCAUGUGUGUGUGUUCAUGUGCCUAUUUGCGUGUGUGCCAAUGAGUAGGUGUCUGAGAGGUGACUGUUUUUCCAAUGCAGAAAUAGGACACUUAUAAACUGGAUCAAUGAACAGAAACUGGUUGCCAUUUCAGAUUUUGGUUUUUAAGUUAUAGAAAUUGAAGUACAGCCAUACAAAUUUUGCAGAGUAUAAUUAUACUUCCUGCAUUCUGUUUGUUUUCCCUAGCGCCCUUUAAUGUUUUCUUAUAGCAGCUCACUCACCUUACCAAGUCAAGGAUGGGUUUACACAGGCAUCAUAAACCGAACUGGUCUAGUACCAACUACCUUCAGUUCAGUCAUCCAGAAGAAAAUUAUGUCUUGGUAAUCAGAUACAAUGGGUGCAUUGUCUUAAUGUGAAUGUAUCCAAGCAAUAAUCCAUGGGCCAUAUGCAGCUGGAGGUUUUCAAAUGGCUGUUCUUUAAGUUACUGACUCAUUGUCAGAAAAAUUCUCAUUAAACCAGAGAACUCGGGAUCUGUUUGUUUACUUAGAAAUGGAGCAGACUGAAAAGCACCAUUGCAGACCAACCAUCCAGCCAGCAUAAUAGCUUGAGGUACAUAGACAUUAAUGGGAGUAUUAAUUAAAUAUUUUAUAUGUGGCCUGCAAGGCUCCAUGUGCUGCACUCAAGCAUCCCACAGAUAUAAAAAGUAAUUUUGGACACUUGGCUUUAGGCUGUUGUAGGAACUAGUUGCUUCCUCUAGGGGCUCUUACAGUAUUACGGUGGCACCCAGUGGCGAAAGUUCAGAAAUACAGCUAAUGGUAUUUGUUUAAGUAGCCAGUGUUGUUGAAGAAGGAGAUACUUAAAAAUUGCAUUACCAAAGGCUGAGAAAAAUAAAGAGAAAUUGGGCUGACCAGUACUACUGUAAUUAGGACUGAUGUUUUUCAAUGUACACUUGAAUCCUGCAAGAUUGAGCUUUCACAGAUAGUGGAAAUGUUCCUGAUAGCUUUUCUCCUCUGAAGAGUAAACAUUAAUAUUUGUUUUGGCCUGGUAAAGUCAUUAUUUUGUUUAGAAAAGUCCUAUUCUAAGAUUCAGGUUGGACAGACAAUAAGAAAUGAAAUGACUGCAAGGUGCUCAUAUUUUUCAUGUUUAACUAAUGUCUUUCUUUGCUAAAGUUUUCCUUUAAUCACAGACAAAGCUUUUAACAAUAUCGCUUCUGAUUUGACUAAAUUCCUAUCAAGUUUGACCAGAUUGUUUGCUGCAGUAAUCUUUUGCUUUAUCUAAUUUCUACACAGGAUGCCAAUUGUAGUUGUUGAUAUAACUCCUCCCACUUCUAAAUAAGUCUCCUUUAUUCAUUCAUGGGAUGAUGUGGGCAUCACUGGCUAAGUCAGCAUUUAUUGCCCUUGUUCAGAGGGCAUUUAAGAAUCACAUGUAGUCCAGCAGAUUUCCUUCCCUAAAGGGUAUUAAUGAGCCACCAAUGUUAUGGUCAUCAGACUUUUAAUUGCAGGUUUCACCAUCUGCCAUGGUGGGAUUUGAACCCAGGUCCCUUGAAGUAUUACCCUGAGUCUUUGGAUUAUUAGGCCAGUGGCAGUACCACUACACCACCACCUCCCCCAGUCUGUUGGAAUGAUAAUGUGGCUCUACCCUAUACUGUAAAGGUUUUUUCCUCUCCAACCUGUUGUAAACUUCUAAUGAAUGCUGUGAAUCCAUACUGUGCGGUUAAGGUGGGGGGAAGACACAAUAAUGACUCCAUGGCACAGCAUGACUAUCAGAAGAGAACCAUGAAAUAUUUAUACUUUAAAGGGUGCUGUCGUAUUGCUAACUUGCCUUAUAGCAUACUUUUUAAUGUUUGUAAGUGGAAGAGAAUGCACUGACAAGCACCAUGCCUAACACAAAUACUGUUUUUCUCCCAGCUUUGAUAGAGCACUGGAAGGGCUAGGGGGUAGUGGGUUUGCAGCACCUCUGGUGAAGCUGGGUUCAAGUGAGCCUGAACUGAUGGAUUGCCUGUUUUCUUUGUUAAUUGUAAACAUCCUAUAUGAAAUAAGGUUAACACAAUCUCAGUGCAGUUCCUCGUGACCUCUUCUGUGACACUAAUUGGUAUUAAGCUGGCAAUUUCAAUCAAAUGUUGAGAUUGCUACUUAGUGCCAUGUGCCAUGUGUAAAUGGAAACAGCACAUUGAUGGGAUAGGAGAUGCUUCACAAAAUUGGGAAAAAAGCACACAAUUGUAGAAAAUAGAGGAAGCCUCACUCUGCAUCUAACUCAUUUGAUUGCAAUUUAGCAAUGUUUGGUGCUGAAUUGGGUGCAAAACAUCUCUUGCUCUAGCAUUGGCAUUGCUCAGUUUAACAAAAAAAACAAAGAAAUUAGGGGGAAACUAAAGUAAUAAUAGAGACUGUGAUGUAACAGAUUAAAGCAUCCAGAAGCACAUGAAUUUUGUUAAAUUCAAUCUUUUAAAACAAAUAUUUGGAGGUUUCUCAUCUACUGCAUAGUGCAAGCUCCUCCAAACAACAGAAUUAGCACACCAAAGUUUCCAGAGCAGUUUUGUUGGGAAAACAGUGAUAAGGCCCUUUUUCUUUUAAACACUGUGAAGCCAAGUGUUGCUCAACAUCCGGGAAUCACUUGAAUUUUGUUAAGUCAAUCCUUUUGAAAAAAACUAACUUCCAGACUCUUUGUUUUGUUAUUUGGUUAUCCUGUACACAUCUGUGGCUCUGUAGUGUAACUUUCAUUGCAAUCAGAGUGGAAUUGCAGCAGUCUUGCACAAAACUUUAAUUAGAAAAAAAUAUAUAGAAUGAUGAUAAAAUUGGAUUCUAUCAACUGGGUGGAUUUGGUGCACAGUAUGCGAAGGUUAUAUCUUUGUGUUUAGUUUGUUAUUGAUUUUAGAAUUCAAAACGUUUUACUUUAACUAAGCAGGUGCCCAAGCCUGGAGUGUAUUCCCCAAAGUUUUUUCUAAAAAUAAAGUAGCAGUGUACCAGGGAAUUGGUUAUAUAUAGGACUCAUUAUUCUACCUAUCAUUCCCAAUACAGCACAGGUAGAAGUCCAUUGCCCAUUAUCUGUUGUUACUACUGGUCUUUGUCCACACUCUUUGAUUAUUCUGCUAGAUCCUUAGCAGCUUUAGUUAAUAGAUGACUGCCCUGGACUUCACACAAUGGCAGAAAGCUCUCCUUUGCAACUGAUGUGAAUUUUAUUUCAAUUAACCAAUGCCCUAAUUAUGUGAUGGGCCCCUUCCAAUUGUACCUGAAUGUCCUUAUUUAAACAAGAGUUUAGCAAAUUGCUGUAUUUUUAAUACUAUGGCUGAGUGGGAUUCGAAAGAGCAGGUUGUUUUCAUUAACUGUGGAUAUCUAAUGUUGGGAGAAGGGUGAAGCAGGCUGAAGUGAUAACAGUUAAACAAUACCAUGGCAUCAGUCAUAUUAACAAUAUCAAUGAAUACUCUGAGGAGUUCAACUCCAGACAGGUUCUGCAUUUUAUCAGCAGGUAGCAUAAGUGACAUUUUCAACAAGGCUGCAAUGAGCAGAAAUGAUACAGGAAAAAGCGCUCUUCUGUUUUACGGUUGUAAAUUGCUCCUCAUGCAAGUCUGAGCUUCUCAUUAUCAUAUUUUUUGAGGCUUUUAUAUCUUGUGUGUUUAGUCCAAUAAAAAUUUUGUACUUUUUUAACAUGUUUUUUUUUGGUGUAGACUUUAAUGGCAUGAAAAAAUGUAGCCAUUGUCUUGUUACGUUCCUAGGGCGUGUCUUGCUGCUGUCGUUGAUAGUAAAAUUUGUCAGCUGUAAUCUCAUCAAAGUUUAAACAUUUAAUAAAUGUUUAAAGUAUUUAAAGAG